CACUUCGACGGAAGUCCGAGCACUCAAAGCUGUGAUUUCCGAUCGUCUUCCCUCCACCACCCCUCCUCUGAAAGAUAGUAAAGAAACCCAGAAUCCAAAUGUCUCUAGGGUAUGUACAGAAGCUCUCAUUCAAAGAAGAUGUUGGCACUCUGGGAAUGUCUGAAAUUUUCGACCCACCUAAUGUUUUGCAGCAAAAGAUAGAAGAACUUGCAUCGCUGAUAGAAGAGAGUAAGCAUCUAGUGGUAUUCACGGGUGCUGGAAUUUCAACAUCAUGCGGAAUACCUGAUUUUCGCGGUCCAAAAGGAGUUUGGACACUUCAGCGUGAAGGCAAAGGUGUGCCUGAAGCAUCGCUGCCAUUUCAUAGAGCAAUGCCAAGUUUAACGCAUGUGGCUUUGGUUGAACUAGAAAAGGCUGGAAUCUUGAAGUUUGUUAUUAGCCAGAAUGUUGACAGCAUUCACCUUCGUUCUGGAAUACCAAGGGAAAAACUUGCAGAAUUACAUGGUAACUCAUUCAUGGAAAUUUGCCCUUCUUGUGGAGCAGAGUAUCUGAGGGACUUUGAGGUGGAGACAAUUGGGAUGAAGGAAACACCAAGACGUUGUUCUGAUAUAAAAUGUGGAGCAAAACUUAGAGAUACUGUUCUUGAUUGGGAGGAUGCUCUGCCUCGAAAAGAGAUGAAUGCAGCUUCAAAACAUUGUCGAAUGGCUGAUGUUGUUCUCUGUCUUGGGACCAGUUUGCAAAUCACUCCGGCUUGCAACCUUCCUUUGAAAUCUCUACGUGGAGGGGGGAAGAUUGUAAUUGUAAACCUUCAGCCUACUCCUAAAGACAAGAAAGCUUGGUUGGUGGUCCAUGGGAUGGUUGACCAGGUUAUGGCAGGGGUAAUGGAACGUCUUAAUUGUCAAAUUUCUCCAUAUGUUCGAAUUGAUCUUUUCCACGUCAUUUUCAAUCAAACCCACUGCAUUGGAGACUUCUAG